AUGUCUGCUUCAUUAGAUAAAUCAUUAGAUGAUAUCAUUUCAUCGAGCAAAAAGACUUUCAAGUCUAGAAGACCUGGUGCAAAAGUUGGCGCCAAAAGUAACCAAAACAAGGUUGGCAAAAAGUUGACAAAUGGCAAAGCAAAAAAGCCAGCCACUGUUUCAUUCAACAAGCCAAAAGCCGCUGCUGCUGUUGCUGCCGCUGCUCCCGCUAUAGAUUUGAGCUAUGCUACAAAGGUAAAUGUCACGGGUUUACCAAGAGAUUUGAAACAUGACAAUGUUAGGGAAUUUUUUCAAUCACAAAUUGGAGGUGUUAACAAAGUUGACAUGAGCUACAACGAAAAAGGUCUAUUUAAAGGAUACGCCACUAUCAUUUUCAAAUCUAGCAAGAACGCUGCUUUGGCUGUCGAGAAGUACAACGGUGCCUCAAUCGAUGGUGGUGCAGGUAAGUUGAAGUUGGAAUUGAUUAUUGACACUUCAAAGAAACCAUUGGCUGCUAGAAUUACUGCUAAGCCAGUACAGCAAGUUAGAACACCAAAAGCUGGUGCAAAGGCUGGUGCCAAAAAAGUGUUGGUCAAGAAGAAUGCUGUUAAGGCCAAGAAGGCUACUAAGAAGCCACAAAAGAAAAAGACUGUAGAAGAGUUGGACCAAGAGAUGGCAGAUUACUUUGAAAAUUAA